AUGGCCUCUGCCGCGGCCUCAUCGUCGCGGCCAGGCCCGCCCGGCGUCUCCCGUGCCCCCCAGACCUCGAGUCCCCGACCCUCCGGCGGCGGCCCCUCGCGAGCGCCGGCUUCGUCGCGCAAUAGCGUCACCGACCCCAUCCUCCGCAACACUCUGCGAUACACAAUCUCCGCCAAGGAGUAUGCCACGCUGCACAAAUACGUGCUGUCGCGCUCGCGCCUUCUAAAGAGGGCCGCCCCGAGCGUCACUGCCGUUGAGCGCAUCGUCGACGGCGAUAAGCCCGCCGCGGUGAGGCAAGGGGCUAACAACCCUCCACCGGGUGCUGGCGGCAGGGCUGUCGAUGAUUACAAUGCGCGCGCAGUGCGUCACUCGUUGCGUGUGUUUCUUGGCACCGCCAUGGCUAUGAAGGGUUGGGCUCUCAUCUCGACCAAGUUCCUGGGCGGGAAGCCAGACCCCCAUGCCAAAAAGCAACCUUUUCACAAGUCGCCGACUCUGCGCCUCUCCCUCUCCCUGUCCACCAUCCUCCUCCUUUACCGCAUUCUCUUCCGGUUUCUUAACCGCCUACGCGCGCACCUGCUCGAUCCCUCAGCAGCGCCGUUCCGCCGAAGAAACCCGCGCACGACCGCGACGCUGACGUCCCCCUACGCGCCGGCCAUAGGUGCCUCCAUGGCCGGCAUGUUCCUCGGCGUCUACCCCGCCCAGCAGCUGCGCGUGACCAUCGCCAUCUACACUUUGUUCAGGGCGCUCGAGUUCGGGUGGAACCUGUGUGAAGAAGAGGGCAUGAUUUGGGGCUUCAAGAAUGGGGGCAAAGUCAAGAGAGAGAGGCCCUGGUGGUGGGGCAGCUGGCUCAUCCAACCCUUUGCCUUUGGACAGCUGUUGCAUGCCGUGGUCUUUGACAGGGAUUGCUUCCCGGAAGCCCUUUGUCUCGCCAACUCUCUUCCCCAACAAGGAGACGCUCCCGCCGACACUCGUCGGUGUCGCCCCCUCACCUCGUCCGCCCAUCCCAUCAUCACCUCGCUGUCGUGCGCGACCCUGCACCCUUCGGACCCAUCAUGUCUCCGCACCUACCUCAACUUCUGGCUCGGGUCCUUCCCCGGCCUCACGCGCUUCUUCCUCAUCAUCUACUCGGUCAUGACGUUCGUUCCGCGCUUCCGAUCGCUGUACCACUCGCCGGUCACAACGUUGCAGCGCGUGCUUACCAACUCGUUGCGCAUGAGCACCUUCCUGACCGGCGCCAUCUCCACCGCCUGGGCGAGCAUCUGCUUCUUCCAACAGUGGUUCCCUCGCACUUUCCUGCCGACCCAGAGGUUCUUCUUUGGCGGUUUCCUGGCCGGCCUCUGGGCCUGGGUUGAGCGCAAGAACGGGCGCGGUGUGUUCCUCUACUCUGCGCGCGUGAGCGUCGAUUCGCUGUGGAAGGUGGGCGUCAAGAGGAGGUGGUGGAAGGCCAUGAAGGGCGGCGACGUGUGGGUGUUUGUCAUGGCGCUCAUGCUUACCGGUGUCGUGUACGAGAGGGACGCGAGGGCUGUCAAGGAGGGCAGCUGGAGGAAGGGCAUCAGCUGGGUCCGGGGCGAGGGGUUCAAGGACUGGAGCAUCGAAGAGGACAUUGAGGAGGAGAACGCGGAGAAGACGGACUAG